AUGACUACACCAUAUGAGAAUAGUCGCCUCAAAAGAAUUGCAGAGAAUAAGAAAAAGUUAGCGGCUCUCAAUCUUCCUACACUCUCUCAAUCCCUUCACAAAUCAUCAGAGUCUUCUUCCAAACCAUCACUGUCUGUGAAGGGCCGUUCAAGGUUUGUACAACCUGGAGAGCUUGAAGUAAAUAAGAAGCGCCUACGUUCAAUUACAACUCGCAAAUCAUCAAUAACCCCUCCACCAAUGGAAACUACAAUAACCCCUCCACCAAUGGAAACUACAAUAACCCCUCCGUCAAUCCAAAUUGCAAAAUAUGUUGUGGUAGAAGAUGAGGAUGAAGAUGACAUGGUAGGAGAUGAGGCUGAUGAUGUUGUGGUAGGAGAUGGGACUGGAGAUGUUGUAUUAGGAGAUGAGGCUGAAGAUGUUGUGGUAGGAGAUGAGGCUGAAGAUGAUGUGGUAGGAGAUGAGGCUGAAGAUGUUGUAUUAGGAGAUGAGGCUGAAGAUGUUGUGGUAGGAGAUGAGGCUGAAGAUGUUGUGGUAGGAGAUGGGACUGGAGAUGUUGUUAAAGUGGCUAAAUCUGAGUAUUGGGAUGUAAAUGUCAUUAACGAGGAAGGUUAUGUUUCAAACACACGUUUAUGUGUGAAAGACUUGGUUGCAAAAUCAGAGCCUGGUGGAACAUGGAUAAUACUUGAAUUCAAUAAGAAUGAUUGUGCAGUAGGACCGGCUUCUGGUUUGCUAGCAGGAUAUUUGGGUAUAAUUAUUAGAAUGUUUAGAGAUAUUCCCAUAAUUUUUGAGAGUUGGAAGAAUGUUCCAGCAGAUACAAAAACAAAGAUUUAUGAAUCAAAGAUAAAGCGCCAUUUUCUUGUGGAUGAUGGGCGUGACAAAGAUUUUGUACUUGCUUCUGCUGCAAGGAAAUGGAAGGAUGCUCGACAUACAUUGUUUCACGAAUUUUAUAGAUGGGAUCUCCCUUUGGAGGAAAAUCUUCAAAAUUAUCCAAAAUGCGGAGGCAUUCCUGAAAAUGACUGGGCUGUUUAUGUUCAAUAUAGGCAGAAAGAAAAAACACAGUCGCUUGCAAGGAAGAAACAUGAGUUGGAAAUGAGAGAUGGACGAACAUACAGCAGAGGAGACAUGUUAUCAUAA